CUGGGCGACUGUUGCAGUAACUAUAUAGUCUAUAUUCUAUAACAUAGUCUAUUAUUAUAUUCUAUAACCAGACGUGUCCGUCGUCUGCUCUCGCCUUUCCAAUCUCCAUCCGACUACGUCUGGGCCUCUGGACGCAUCAUUACCGAUUGCAUUGCCGAUACGAUCGACCACGGUCAUCUUACUGAACGGGCGCUUAAAAAUAUUUCCCAAGUAUAACCGCCUCCACCGCGGCCUACGAUCUUGCGCCACCCAGCUUGACUCAACUCUGCAGUUGUCCGGCGCUUGUAGCGCAUUUCACCGGACGAUGCCGUAUGGCUGUCGGCUGAUCUAGCCUAAGCUCGAACAUACACCCCCCGCAUACCCACCUCUCCAGGUGCCAAACAGUUGGAGAGACGGUACCCUUUUCAGAAGACACUCACGGCAGUAGAGCUAACUGCGCCAUGGCCGACAAACAACCCGACGAUGUUGAAAAAGUCAUUGAAGAAGCCGUAGUAAAUUCAGGUUCAAAAGAAAAUGAAGGUGGUGGAUGGUGGGAUUCAUUGUACUCUGCAGCAAAGUCUAAAUCUGCUGAAGUAUUGGAAUCAGUUAAACGUGACCUUGGUGAACUAACAACAAUAGUCACCACCGAAACCAGCAAUAUUGUCUUAAAUACUACAAAUGUUGUUAAAGAUACAUUGCAAUUGGAAAAUCCAGAAUCUACUGCUAACACUAUGAAGAAAUCAGUAAGUUCGUUUCUGGACCAAAUGUCAAGUGCAUUAAACCCUUUGCCAGAUGAUGAAGAUGAAGCAAUAAUGAUUGUUGGCUCAGACACAGUUACACUGUCUAGGCUACAAGCGCAAAUAUAUACUCUGGCUAAUGAUCCGAAUACAUUUGUAAUGGAAAUUGAUGACCAACUUGAUAAAAGAUAUAAAGCUUGGUUGGAUUGGGUGAAAAGCGGUGAUAGUAGUUUGUUAUCUAAUGAUAAACUCACAAAGAUCUUAAAUGAGUGCACUCCAUUACGUGACAACUAUCAGAAACUCGUGCCAGAUUCUGUUUCUCAUGCUGACUUUUGGUAUCGAUUUCUGUUUCGAAAGGCAUUGUUGGAAGACGAAGAUGCCAAACAGCAGAGGCGUUCAGAAAAGGAAAAUAGAGAAGCCGAAAGAAUAGAUUUCAAUAAAGAGUUAACUCCGUUGUCUGAUAUAGAGCUGUCUGAAAAAGAACAAGAGGAGAUAUUGUCGUCAUAUGAUCAGGAACGAAGAGUAUCAUCAAAGUCCAGCAGUCCUAUAGAAGACAUAAAAAAGGAUUCAAAAUCAAAACAAGAAGAUAUUCCAUCUAAUGCUUCUUCAGUUACCACUUCAAGUUUAGACAAAGAUGAAUGGGUCAAGGAUUUUGAUAUAGAGGACAUUGAACCACCUACCAAUACCAAGUGAAUUAAAAAUCCACCAAUUGAACUUUGAUAAUGUUUAGUUUUUUUUCACGCCUGUCUUUGUUGACUAGUGGGAUCUGAUGCAUCUUGAUCAUAAUAUAAUGAACAUUAUUUUAUUUUUUACAUAUAUUUCUAUAUAUAAAUAUUAUCAUAUUUUUAAGUUAAUUUUAUUGUUUACACAUUUUUGUCUUGUGUCAAAAAUAAAAAAGAACACUAUCAACGUUGUAUAA